AUGUCUGGAAAAAAGAAAGGAGGCAAGAAGAAAGGAGGAGAUGGCGGCUUUGGCGCAGCACUUGUCAACUCCCGUAUGAAACAUCGUAAGACACCAGGUGAGGGAAAUCACGGUCCAACGAAAUAUCUUGUUGAAGAUUCUUAUAUUGGACCAGAAGAUAGACUUCGUUCAAUGACAGAUGAUUACACAUUAGGUGAUUUCGUUACAGAUGCAGAGCUUAAUGGCAAAACAUUCACAGCCAUGCGUGGUCAAGUAAGAAUUGUCGACAGAGCACAACUCACAAAAGAAGCAUAUCUCGCAUUACACAGAACACCAGAACAGAUCGAAGCAGAAGAGCGUCUUAAGCAUCGUCUUCGUAUUCCUCGUCGUCCAUAUUGGGAUGAAAAUACAACAGCAGAUGAGCUCCACCAGGCCGAAACCAAGGAACUUAUCGAAUGGCGUCGCGCUCUUUCCAUUAUCGAAGAAGAUGGAAAUGUUACUUUAUCUCCAUUCGAAAAGAACCCAGAAGUAUGGAAAGAAUUAUGGCACGUUCUCGAGCGUUCCCAAGUUGCAGUCUAUAUCAUCGAUGCUCGUGAUCCACUUUCAUUCUUCUGCGAAGAUUUUAUUUUAUACAUGAACGAAUUGAAGCUUCCAAUUCUUAUAUGCAUCAACAAAGGCGAUCUCGUACCACCACCAAUUCGUAAAGAGUGGGCUCGCUAUUUUGAAGAACUUUCUCAUAAUCUUCCAUUUAAGUUCGAAUUCGUAUCCGCAAAGGCUCCAGGCGACGACCUUAUUACACCAAGACAGCUUAUCCUCAAGGCUAAGGCUCUUGCAGCUGGCCCAGGCCGCGAUGGAAAAGUUACAAUCGGAUUUGUCGGAUUUCCAAACGUUGGCAAGUCCUCAUGCCUCAACUCCGCUGUUGGUCGUGUCUGUGUUCGUUCCAGCUCAACACCAGGCAAAACAAAGCACCUUCAAACAAUUAAUAUCGAAGAAGAAGGAAUUACACUUUGCGAUUGCCCCGGACUUGUCUUCCCGUUAUUCGAACAGUCCAGAGCAGCCAUGCUUUGCAACGGUGUCAUCAACAUCGACCACAUGACAGAUCAUAUCGGCCCGGCCAUGAUUAUUGCUGAAAGGCUUCCUGCCAAAGCAUUCAACCUUCUCUACGGUACGCAGUUCAAGACAGAAACAGUCGAUUACGAGGAACUUCUCAAUGGAAUUGCAAAAGUCAAAGGUUUGACGAAAGGUCUUGGCCUUCCUGAUGACGCAAGGGCUGCAAGAUUCCUUCUCAAGGAUUACUGCGAUGGAAAACUCAUCCACUGCGAACUUCCACCAGGAACUCGUCUGAAAUCUGUCGAACAACCACUAACUCCUGAAGAAUUGAAAGCAUCACAGCAGAAACCAGCUGAAGAAACACAUAAAGAGGAAGAAGAAAAGCCUCAGGAGGAAGAAAAACCCAAAGAAGUCGAACUUCCAAACAUAGAUUUACCUGAUUUGUCUUCUAUCCCUGAAAAGAAGGAAAAGAAGCCAAUGCAGUAUCCAAACCCAAAGAAGCGUGGUGUUGUAAGAAUUACAUCAUUAGAAUAG